CAGUCCCUCGCCUCGCCGCGUUUGGUAACGUUUCAUCAAGACCCAUUUCAGUAUUUGCGAUACAACAGAGGUCGCUACACCACAUUGCUAAAAGCGACAAUGCUACAAGUACUUAAUAUUCCCUUUCCCUCCAGUGUGGUUCAGUCAGAGAGAAAAGCACAGCGGUAGCUGCUGCCAAGCCCGCUGCAGUAGCAAGCAGCAAGGGAGAAUAUGUCAUCACUAAACUGGAUGAUCUGGUGAACUGGGCACGCAGAAGCUCCCUGUGGCCCAUGACCUUUGGCCUGGCAUGCUGUGCGGUUGAGAUGAUGCACAUGGCGGCUCCUCGAUACGACAUGGACCGGUUCGGAGUGGUGUUCAGAGCCAGCCCCAGACAGGCCGACGUCAUGAUUGUGGCAGGCACCUUGACCAACAAGAUGGCCCCCGCUCUGCGCAAGGUUUAUGACCAGAUGCCUGAGCCAAGAUAUGUAAUUUCCAUGGGCAGCUGUGCCAAUGGGGGUGGCUACUACCACUACUCUUACGCCGUGGUCCGAGGGUGUGACCGCAUCGUACCAGUGGACAUAUACGUUCCAGGCUGCCCACCCACAGCAGAGGCCCUUCUCUACGGGACGCUACAGUUGCAAAAGAAAAUAAAGAGAGAGAAGAAAAUGAGGAUUUGGUAUCGCAAGUGAAAUGAUGUACGUCUGGCUUUUUGUAAAUGUUGUAUUUAUUGGUGGUCUGAUCAGCCAGUAAACCGGUUGGCAAUAUCCUCAGGAAUCACUCUGGGUUGAGCACUGGCACCUCUCUGCAGAAACAAUAAAGGAAUUUCUUGUCA